GUAGGUAUUUCAUUUGUGAUCCUGUGUGUUAUGUUUUAUUUUUUUAACCAACAAAGUGCUGGAGAACCCAGAAAAGGCGUCCGGUUUCCGGAGAGUUCCACAGACAGACUAAAAAGGGCAGGGGAAGGGGUAAUGACGGCCAAGUCUCCCCAGCAGCUGAUAUAUAACUAUAAAUAGCAUCCAGGGACUGGCAACUGCACUACAGCACACACCUCGCACAAAGGAGUCACAUGCUUUUUACUUUCUUGUAGUUUAGGAAAUUCAAAGUUAAGUUGUUGGUUCUUUACAAGUUUUAAAAUGAACAAGCCCAAAGUUGUCAGACCUGAAGAGAGUCAGCCAGCACAUGCGCUGUGGUUUGACAGAAAGAAAUAUGUUACUGUCAACUUCAUGGUUCAGAAGCCUAAAGAUGUCCAGGUUCACAUUCAGACAGACAAAAUGAUUCUAUGCUGCAAAAACGAAACAGACGACGUGUUCUACAAUGAGCUGCACUUCUACGACAAAAUCCAGAUCAAUGACUCCAGAGAAAGAGUUUAUGACCGGACCAUUAACGUCUUGCUAAGAAAAGUCAAGCCUGAUUAUGCAUGGCCUCGUCUCCAAAAGGAUUCUGCUAAGCCAAGCUGGAUAUCUGUAGACUUUGAUAACUGGAGAGACUGGGAGCAUGAAGAAGAUGAAGGAAAGGAAGAGUACGACAGAUACGUGGAUAUGAUCCAAGAACUGGCAACCGACAGUAAAGGUGAAACCCCGGACAUGGGCGAUCUGAGUGACUCUGACUAAAACCACAGCACCUUUUGUCCCGAGUGACCUGAGGACAAUGCUGUUACUGAGGCUUGUAAUAUUUGCUGAUGAUUUGAUGUGUUAUUGUUGAGAUUGUUUUUAACAAAUAUGAUGUUUUCUACGAAUGUAUUUAUUACCAUGUUAUCAGACACAAAGGCAGUUUAAAUAAAAGCAAUUUUUAUCAACUGUGA